AUGUCCGACAACGACCCCUCCGUUCGCCGCAUUCUACCACAAAACUCCCAGAUGAAUUCCUUUUCGUUUGCGCCUCAGCAGUAUACGCAGCGCGAGACUCAAAAGAACUAUGUCUUUGUAGACGAGCACAACCGCCACAAGCGGUUGAAAGUUAUGAGAGCUUGCGAAGGUUGCCGGAGACGAAAGAUUAAAUGCGAUGCCGCGACGACGAAUACUUGGCCAUGCUCUGCCUGCAUUAGGCUGAAGCUUCAUUGUGUGCGCCCGAACGGUUUCGACGGUGCUAACGACUCGACGACUUAUGACACGACGCCCAUGAACCCAUCUGAUCAAUAUCAGCAAAUGUCUAUGCAGCAACAGGUGUUAAACCCAGGCCCCAAGCCCAUGUACGCAACUCAAUCGGCCUACCCCGAUGCAAGCGGCGCUCCCUACCAGGCUGUUCCGUAUGAACAGCAACCGGGAAGCCUACAUUAUGCAGCCGUUCCGCCUCCUGCUCCUAUGAUGGAACAGCCAUAUGCGAGCCAGAACGUGUUUCCUACGCCACCGAUGCAACAGGCUCAGCAGCAGCCAUCACCGGAGGCAUAUUCCCCAGGAGAGUAUCAGCAUCAUGAUCUCGCAGAUCUGCUUGGGACACUGAAGGUCAAUGAGACGGGAACAGCACCAUAUCUCAGGAACAAGGCAUCGUUCCGGCGAGAAGAGCAACCAGCCAUUGAAGAUUCUGAAGAUUAUACCAGUGCUCUCCCGCCGUUGAUGCCUGCGCCAGGCCUCAAGAUUCGCAUCCCGCCUGAGUUGAUGCCAGAUGAGGAGACAGCACUGCACUACUUCGAUCUUUACUUCAGCCAUGUACAUCCAUACGUGCCCGUGUUGUGCAAAACCAUAUUUUAUCAGCAGUGGAACACGGAUCGAGAAGCGAUAUCACCAUUGAUACUCGAAGCCAUCUUUGCGAUUGGUGGACGGUUGGCGGAGGAGCCGACUGAAGGCCAGCAAUGGCUGGCAUUGGCCUCUCGGCAUGCGGAUUCUUUCAUGGAUGUGCCUAGAUUGAGCACUCUCCAAGCUCUGCUGAUGAUUCUCAAGGCUCGCGAAGCCGCCCCCAAACGAGGAUACUACUAUCGGUCUUGGAUGACGGUUGUGCAGUGUGUGCAGAUGGGGAAAGACCUGGGUCUCGACGAACACUAUGAAGAUCAUCAGGCAGGCCACUCUUGCGAUUUCGGCCCGGCAGAGUGUCAGCUUCGAACUCGCAUUUGGCAGGUUGUCUUUGUUUGCGAGGUGAUGGUUGGAGCUCCUCAGGGUGAGUAUUGGCCAAUCCCUGGCUGUGAUGACUCUGAGUAUCAUGUGUCGCGCAAUUUCACUUACUUUGCCCAAGUGGUACGGACCAUAGCCACAAUGAGCAAGGUCUACCAGAGACUCCGGAGGCGCAAAGAAUGGGGCAUCGAUCCCGAAUUCCAGCAGCUGGGUCAAAGCUUCAACACAUGGCUGACGGAGUUGCCUGCAGAGCUGGCUGUGUCGUUUCCCCAGGAUGGAUCGCCGCCUUGGAUCCCGUCGCACUUCCUUGGAAACAUGCAUGCCUAUUACUACCUCGCACUGAUUCUUUUCCAUCGACCCAUCCUGUCGUUCCUCGACCCCAACUCGCCAGAUGGACAAUGGAAACGCCACAUGAUGAUUUGCUACAGCUCAGCAAAGGCUCUCUGCCGGCUGCAAGAGGCCACCCUCAACACCUUUGGACUCACUGGUCUCCAGUGUAUGCAAAGAGGCUUCAGCUUUUCUCUCUACAGCGGUCUAUCGUGCAUUGUCAUUCAUCUGGUUGCGAUUGUAUCUCCCGAUCCCGAUUUCAACACGGAUGCGCGUGAAUUCUUCACAAGACAUAUGAGAGUCUUGGAGAAGGUAAUGGAGGCAUGGUCUAUGCCAGAGCUGGAGAAGCAGAUCAAUGCCCUGCGAGAGGCGUUUUCUGCAGAUGUCCGGAAGCCGUUUGUGCUCAAGCCAACGUUUCCGUACGGGAGCCCUCACCCGUCCAGCCACUCUAGUCCACCGCGAGCCUCGGAACCCUACCGGCCAGUCAUCCGUCGAUCAGGAUCCAUAGAUCAGCACCUGGAUACGCACGGUGCCCAACAAGUCAGUUAUACCAGCCAUCCCAUCACACCUCCCAUAUCCGCGGGCCCUGUGGACAGCAAAAGUGACUCCCCAGCUGUACAGUCGCUCGUCAUGAUGGCGCAAGGAACCCAGGCUCCGGGCAUGCCCCAGAGUAUGCCGCUUACGGAUCAGCCUGGAUGGAAUCCGUCAAGAAUUUUUGAACAAUGGAACACGACUUUUGGUACGCCUACUCAUUCACAGACCACUACCACCCCACCUCAGACCAGCCCUCUUAACGCUUCGUCCUCAGGUGCUACGGAAGUCCCUACCAUUCAGGAUAUCCAUGCGGUCCAGGCUUCUCUACCGAGUGGAUCGCAGCAAUUGUCGCCGUCACAAUAUUCAACCGCCCCUGUGCCGAAUUUCGUCACACCGGCCAUGUGGCAGGAGUCUGUUGCUUCGGUUUACGAGGGAGGGAUAAACAAGCGUCCCUGGGACUACGACGGUCCGGUACUGAAGCGACAUUGA